AUGGCAUCCGGAUCGUUCGAAUCGGCUGAAAUGGAGUUUUGGUCGGACUGGGAUGAAGAUGUCGACAUUCCCAGCCCCUUGCGAAUUGUCAAGCGACCAAGCACCGGUACCAACACUGCUGAUGCCGGCACAUCCAGCCCACUCCGAGUUACUAAACGCCCCACCACCGUCACCAAGGCCGAUUCUGUCAUACCCAACCCCCUGCGAAUUAUCAAACGCCCAAACAACAUCGCCAAGACCGAUACUGGGACCAAUUCGAGAGAGGUCAUCAACAUCCCAAGACGAUCAUCCUCUAUCUACAACUGCAUCUCUAGUUCCCCACCAGAUUCCGAUGGCGGUUGCUUGACAAUACACAAACUAAGGAAACCAAGACCUGUUGUGCCACAUGGGAGCUUUUGCGAUUCUUCGCCAGUUGAGAAGGGCCAUGUUACGGGGGAGAUUCCAGGUGGCAUAAAGUUGACAAAGGAGGUCAAAGAUCCCAAGCUAAACCAGAGGACUGAGGGGCGUAUUUGCUUCCUCUGA